GUGCGUUGAUGAAAGAUGAGAGGACGGCCAUUGCUGCGGCUGUGAAUGUCGUCCUCUACCGUUGUCUUGUGGAGAGAACCGCGGGGAAGAUGAAAGUUGCUGCUCAUGUGUGACGGAAGAUGACGGCACUACAGAGCAGCGGUGAAGGCUUGGACUUGGCUACAGUUUCCGACGUCGUCCUCCAGGUGUGCUACGCGUUGGGGAGCGACGCAUUUCCGAGGGCGACUCCACAUUGGUGGAUGAAGCGGCGGACGGGAGGCACGUGGGAGGACCUGCGGCAAACCGACGACGCCACCGACAAGUACUUCAGAGACAAGCUCCGAAUGUCGCCAUGUGUCUUCCGUGAAAUCGCGGAAACACUUUCUCCAUACCUGCAACGGCGUGUGACGUUUUACAGGGAGCCGUUGCAGCCUGACCACAUCGUGGAGUACGCUCUCUACAGGUGGGCGUCGGGUGAGACGUACGACAACGGAACGUGCAGCUUCGGUAUAGGGAGGGCUUCUGACAUCACGGCGGUGCGAGACGUUACCGCCACCUUGCUUGCAGCGUACCCGGACAAGAUUUCGUGGCCCACUGGCUUGCAGAAGGCCGUCGUGUUGCGCGCCUUCGCAGACAAGGGAUUUCCAAAUUGCCACGGGUGCAUCGACUGCACCCACAUCUACGUCGACAAACCCGCCAACGCGAACGGGGAGGACUACUGUGAUCGGAAGCGGCGAUUUUCUGUGCAGGCGCAAGUUGUCGUGGACUUGAAUUUGCGUGUACUGGACACCUUCGUGGGUUACCCUGGCAGCGUGCAUGACAUGAGGAUGUUGCAUCUGUCCAGGUUGUGGGAGCGAGCGAAGCGUGGAGAACUUUUCACUGGGCCGCAUGUCAUGCUGCCGUUCGGCGUCUAAACGAAUGGAUACUUGCUUGGCGACAACGGCUAUCCCCAGUCGGAAUGGAUUGUCGUCCCUUAUGGAGGUCUCGCGCAGCACCCCGU